GAGAGAGUACUGACUCUCAAUCUCCUUCUAUUCCUUUGUUUUCACAUGUUCUUCAAACAGUAAACAUUAUCUAAAGAAAAAGCGAAAAAAAGAUGUAAAAAUUAGAAUAGAAUUUUAAAUUAAUUGGAUUGAUUGUUGGUGAUUCCAAAAUAUGAGAAUAGUUAAAUUACACAAUUGGCCAAUUCUGAUGGACGAUUGUUGUUCCCUUCUCAACCAAGAAUGGCCUCGAAGUAAAACCGCUCGGAUUCACUCACUUUCUAAAUCAUCUGAUUAUUUUCCAAUGUGUUUGUGUUUAAUUGAUGAUGGUGAUAACAAUUCGAUAAUUAAAUUGGAAACUAAUUCCAAUGGUGAUCCUUUAGAUAAACCAAUUGGUCAACUGAUUGGUCAUGUUAAGGUGAGUCGAGGUUCACUUGAAGGUGAAGCUUAUAUUGAGAGUUUAAUCAUUUGUAAAUCACGGAGAGGCCAAGGAUUGGGUUCACAAUUUAUGGUUUCCAUUGAACAAUUUAUCAAAUCAAUUGGAUUCACUUCAAUAACAUUACACACCAUCGAUGCAUCAAAUUUUUACUCCAAACUUGGUUACUCUUUAAUCACAACAAUUGAAGCCUUAGGCCCGGCAUCGGUUAACAUUAUCGCCGGUGAAACAAAAACACAAUCAAAGUUUAAUCAAAACACUAAUCAACUAAUUGUUACAAACCAUCAACAGGGAACAUCAUCCAAAUUAUCUAUUGAUUGUCCUCUUCCUCCUCCACCUCCAUCGAAUCCAAUUACAAAUAGACCAGUAAUUAAACAAGAGAAAAUUGUAAUGAACAAAAGGUUAACAUGAGAAAAGAAUAGAACAAAAAAAUCAGCUGUUAAUUAUUUUCUAUUCUUUUCUCGUUCGCAAUUAAACUAAUUCACUUUUCUUUUCGUCUCAUUUAA